UUCUCCAGCUCAGGUGGUGGUCAGAGAAGGCAUUUAACUGACAGAUCCUCUUAAAUUGACAGAACAGCUGAGGUACAGAGGAGACAACAUUGCCUGGGCUUUUGGAGGACUCUAAGACGUUGACAAGGUUAUAGUGAACAUUUUUCUUGAUAUGCUGCUGUAAAUAUACUUCAGAAAUCAUGAAUGGGGAAAGUCAGCAAAGACGUUAUUCCGAAAGCUUGGUCCUGGAGGAUUCAGACAGAGGAGGAGUUGUCAUCACUGGAAUCACAGACCCUAGAGUCACUAAUAAGAGUGGCUUGAAAGAAGGCGAUGAGAUUGUCGCUGCCACCAUACAUCUUAACCACCUUAAUAAAGAUGACCUGAUGAAAAUACUUAAGAUCAUGGAGCCUUAUGAAGACAACAUGAGUUUUGUGACAAAGCCGGAUCUGAAUGCCAGCGUCAGUCUCAGCUCACUGGACAGUGGUCUCAAAAGUCCCGGGGAUAUGCUCAAAGAUACCUACAGCAGAAUGCAGCGAGCAGUUGAGGCACCAUCUAUUGAGGUUAAUGGCCUCAAUGGACAAUUAAAUGCAGAAGGCUGGUUGAAGAAUGAAAUCAAUGGUCCCGCUUUGAAUGGGGUAUUGCCCAAUGUGACAUUGGACACACCUGGACCUGAUGGAGGUGCAAAGUUCCCCACCAUUGGAAUGUCUGGACCAGUAAUGAAAGGAGCAGAUCAGGAAGGCACCCUCACACACCCUAAAGUCAGUCUAUCAACACCAGAGUUCAGCACUCCAGAUGCUUCACUUGACUUGGAGAAACCUGAGGUUAAGACAAGUGGAUUGAUGUACAAGCCUCCAAAAUUCAAAAUGCCUCACUUCAAACUACCACACGUAAAAGCCAACGCGCCAAAGGGAGAUGUGAAUGUAUCAGCAGAUUUAGAAGGCCCUGGUUUCAGUGGAGAGCUAGAGAAACGAGACCUGAACCUCUCAUCCCCUGAUGUGGAAAUCAAAUGCCCAGAUUUGAAUGGGCCAAAUGCUGUCUUGAAAGCUCCAGCUGUUGACAUAGAGGCUCCUUCUGGCAAAUUCAAAUGGCUUACUCUCACAAAGCCCAAGUUUGGAUUAUCUGGACCAAAAAUGAAGGGACAUGAAGUGGACAUAGAUGCUGACCUGUCUGCACCUGACAUGAAUCUCUCCACUCUAAACAUUGAUGGAGAGAUAAGCGCAUCAGAUGUAGACUUGAGUAUACCAAAAGCUGAGGUAGAUCUGCAAGCUCCAGAUAUCGACAUUGAGGCUCUCUCGAGUAAAUUUAAAUGGCCUCAUUUAAAUAAACACAAAUUUGGUCUUCAUGGGCCCAAAGUCAACUCCCCUGGUGUGGAUGUUAAGGCAGAUCUGGAGAAACCAACAGUUGAUCUUUCUGUCCCAAAGAUUGAGGCUGAAAUGAGCAACCCAGAUUUAGAACUGAAUUUACCCAAAGCAGACCUCAGCAGCCCUGAGGUAGAUGUGAAGGCCCAUGUUGUUGAUAUUCAUCCUCCCACUGGGAAACUUAAGUUCCCAACACUCAAAAAGCCCAAUUUCAGGCUCUCUGGACCAAAUAUAAAAGCUCCAGACAUUGAUGUUGAUGCAGAUCUGAAGGCACCUGACCUCAGUCUCUCUGUCCCUGAAGUUGAGGCAGGGCUUAACAUGCCUGAUUUGCACACCAAUUUGCCAAAUGCAGAUAUCAAAGGCCCUGAAGUAGACCUGAACGCAUCAGAAGUGGACAUUGAGCCCGUUUCAGGGAAAUUAAAAUGGUUUACUCUAAAAAAAACAAAGUUUGGUCUCUCUGGACCCAAGGUUAAGGGUCUUGAAGAAUUGAAUCUCGCCCCUCCAAACGUUGAUGGAGAAAUAAAUGCACCAGAUGUAGAUCUUAUUUUACCCAAAUCUGACCUGGAAGGCCCAGAGGUAGAUGUUGACACUGAUGCCCAUUCUGGAAAAUUCAAGUGGUUCAACCUAAAGAAGCCCACAGCUGAUUUGAAAGGUCCAGAUGUAGAUCUUCAAGCACCAGAGGUCGACAUUAAGACACCCUCUGGAAAGCAAAGAUUUCCAACUUUAAAAAUGCCCACAAUUAACUGGACUGGACAUAAGGUGAAGGGACCAAAGCUUGAUGGUGAUCUGAAGAGAGCAGAAUUGGACCUAUCAGCUCCCAAGUUUGAUGUGAAUUUACCAGGAGCAGAUCCCCAAGGCCUUGAUCUUAACCUCUCCACACCAUCAAUUACAGCAGACAUUGCUGUUCCAGAUGUAGAUCUUCAGGCACCAGAAGUUAACAUGGAGGCACCCACUGGAAAGAAACGAUUUCCAACUUUAAAAAUGCCCAAAAUUAACUGGUCUGGACAUAAGGUGAAGGGACCAAACCUUGAUAUUGAUGCUGAUCUAAAGAAAGCAGAUUUGGACCUCUCAGCUCCGGAGGUUGAUGUGAAUUUACCAGAAGCAGAUCUCCAAGGCUCUGAUCUCAACCUCUCAGCACCAGCAAUUGAAGGAAACAUCGCUGUUCCAGAUAUCAAUGUCAGUUUGCCUGAAGCUAACCUCAAAGGACCAGAUGUAGAUUUAGACCUUGAUGCUCCCUCUGGAAAAUUUAAGUUGCCAAAACUAAAAUGGACAAAAAUAAGAAAAGUAAAAGGACCAGAACUUGAUGUUGAUCUUAAGACCUCAGAAUUAGCUGUUGAUGUUAAUUCACUUGAAGCAGAUCUGAAAGGGCCUUGUCUCAACUUGAAAACAACAGAUCUCAACCUUUCAGCACCAGCAAUUGAGGGAGACAUUGCUGCUCCAGAUUUCAAUACCAGUUUGCCUGAAGUUGACCCUGAUGCUCCCUCUGGAACAUUCAAGUUGCCAAAAUACAAACUCCCAAAAUUCAGUGUAAUAGGGCGAAGAGUUAAAGGACCAAACCUUGAUGCUGAGCUAAAGGCCCCAAAAUUGGAUGUCUCUGUUCCUGAUGUGGACGUCAGUUUGCCGACUGCUGACAUCCAAGCCCCUGUAGUUGAGCUGAAAACACCCGACCUGGACCUUUCUGCUCCAAAGAUUGAGGGAACCAUCGCUGCUCCAGAUUUGAGUGUCAGUUUGCCUGAAGCUGACAUCAAAGGUCCAGAGGUAGAUCUCGACACCCCAGAAGUUGACCUUGAUGUUCCCUCUGGAACAUUCAAGUUGCCAAAAUUCAAACUCCCCAAAACCAGUUUAACAGGACCAAGAGUUAAAGGACCAAACCUUGAUGCUGAGCUAAAGGCCCCAAAAUUGGAUGUCUCUGUUCCUGAUGUGGAUGUCAGUUUGCAGACAGCUGACCUCCAAACCCCUGUAGUAGAGCUGAAAACACCAGACCUUUCUGCCCCCAAAAUCAAGGGAUCUAUGGCUGCUCCAGAUUUGAGGACCAAUUUGCCUGAAGCUGGCAUUAAAGGUCAAGCGAUAGAUCUUAAAGCCCCAGAAGUUGAUCUUGAUGCUCCCUCUGGAACAUUCAAGUUGCCAAAAUUCAAACUCCCCAAAACCAGUUUAACAGGACCAAGAGUUAAAGGACCAAACCUUGAUGCUGAGCUAAAGGCCCCAAAAUUGGAUGUCUCUGUUCCUGAUGUGGAUGUCAGUUUGCAGACAGCUGACCUCCAAACCCCUGUAGUUGAGCUGAAAACACCAGACCUUUCUGCCCCCAAAAUCAAGGGAUCUAUGGCUGCUCCAGAUUUGAGGACCAAUUUGCCUGAAGCUGGCAUUAAAGGUCAAGCGAUAGAUCUUAAAGCCCCAGAAGUUGAUCUUGAUGCUCCCUCUGGAACAUUCAAGUUGCCCAAAUUCAAACUCCCCAAAUCCAGUUUAACAGGACCAAGAGUUAAAGGACCAAACCUUGAUGCUGAGCUAAAGGCCCCAAAAUUGGAUGUCUCUAUUCCUGAUGUGGAUGUCAAUUUACCGACAGCUGACCUCCAAGCCACUGUAGUAGAGCUGAAAACACCAGAUCUCAACCGUUCUGCCCCCAAACUUGAUGGUGAAGUGAAUGUACCAGAGAUUAGAAUGAAUGUACCCAAAACUGAUCUCAAAGGACCUGGACUAGUUCUAAAAGCUCCAGAUGUAGACAUUGAUGCCCCUUCAGGCAAAUUCAAAUUGCCCCAUUUUAAGCUCCCCACAUUUGGCCUUUCAGGUUCUGAACUGGAGGGACAAAACCUUGAUGUUGAGACACCUGACAUUAAAGUUUCAGUUCCCAGAGUUGAGAGUCGACUUGAAGCCCCAAAGGUAGAUAUAGCUCUACCUCAAGCAUACCUCAAGCUAUCAGAUCCUAAUGUUAAAAGUGAUAUCAGUGCUCCAGAUGUAAAUCUAAGUUUACCAAAAACGUACCUCUCUGGCCCUGAGGUAGAGUUGAAUGGUCCUGAUCUAAGUCUCUCUACCCCAGAAAUGAAAGUAAGUGUCCCAGACAUUAAAGGCCCUGAUGCCAAGUUUAAAGCUAAAGAUGUUGACAUUGAGGCUCCCUCUGAAAAUCUGCCACAUUUUAAGAUGCCAAAGUUUGGUCUCUCGGGGCCUAGAAUAAAGGGCACAGAAUUUAAUGCUAGUGCAGAUGUAAAUACACCUGAUGUGGAAGUUUCAGUCCCCAAAAAUGAGGGAGAGAUUAGUACCCCUGAACUGAGUCUCUCUGCACCUGGCAUUGAGGCCAGUGCUGACAUGCCAUAUUUGGAUGUAAAUGUACCAGAAGCUGACCUCAAAGUAGAUGUUGAGGAAGAGGGAGACACUCACAAAAGUACAUUCAAAUGGCCAUUCAAGUGGCCAAGCUUUAACUUAUCUGGCUCAAAAGGUAAAGAUUCUGACAUGGACGAUGAGGAAGAAUCAAAGCGUGAUCAGGUGGAGGUGCCAAUGUUUACAUUUCACAGACUGCCACAGAACAACAAGAUUGAGAGUGCAUUCCAAGAUGCUGCCAAGGCCCUUGGUGAGGCGAUGGACACGCCAAAGCUUGAAGGAGGCCUUGAAACAGCUGGCGUAGAGGUCAGUUUGCCUAAAGUGAAUGAAGGACAGAAGGUGACAUCACCUUCAGGACUUAUUAACAUCAUGGAGCGGUUGAAUAGAUUUAAAGCAAAAACACCCACAGCUAAUGUCUCCCUACCAGAAGUGAAAGGUGAGCUCCAUACCCCUAGCCUUGAUGUCAGCUCUACCUCAGACGUAGAUAGUUCCACUAAGCUUAAAAGAGGGACUUUCAAAGUUACAAAACCUGAAUCUGGGAUAGGCCUGGAAUACCCUGUAGUGGACUCAGAGGGAAACGAUAGCAUGUCAAUAAGCCUCUCCAAUAUGCUUGGUCUGAAUAUCAAAGAGCCCGAUACAGAUUAUUGAUAGUUUCCAGUCAUGUGAACCGUACACUUGGGAUAAACCAACAUGAUUGUAACUACUUUGUAAAUACAUACAUUUGUUCAUGAGUUGACUCCAUUUUAAGGAUGUGUUUUUUCUCUAUGUACAAACAAAACAGAAACAUGUAAUUAUUUGUUUGUCGAUUCUCUGAUAACUUAGUUAAUCCAUAUGCUACUACAUCUAUAUUCAAACAGUUGACAGCAAAAUGAAGGAAAAUAUGCUCAUUGGCUCUGUGUACUCAAACGUAUUUAAAUUAUGGUAAUGUUUCCCAAAUGCUGUUCACUUGGAAGUUUACUUAUUAUUAUUUUUUACAAAUGCCUCAGUAUUGUAUCUUUCACAAUUCAGACAUGUUUCACCCAUAAAGGAGACAAUCUUUAUGGAAGCUGUCAUCUUCACAUUUUAAGCUAAAACAAUUGUUGAACAGUGAAAUGUAAUUCUACUAUUAAUUUGUUAUUUCCUUCUCCAAUAAACUACAAUAUGUCUAUAUGACUAAA